GUUGGAGGCCAGCCUGGACUAAAUAAGAAAUGUGCCAUUUGUGGAACUCCCUGCAAGCAUCUGACUCUUUCUGACAAUUUGAAACCUCAGGAGAAGAUGUUCUUCAAAAGCCCUGUGGAGACAGCUUUGCAGUAUUUUAGUCAUAUCUCUCAGGUGUGGAGUUUCCAGAAGAAACAAACAGAUCUCCUCAUUGCCUUUUAUAAGCAUAGAAUUACAAAGUUAGAAGCAGCCAUUCAGGAGGCACAGCAAACAGUGACCAGCCAGAACAGAGAGUUAUCAAUCUUGAGAAAAGAGAAUGAAGAACUGAAGAAACUUCUAGCCUUCCUAAAGGAAUCUCCAAGUCGGUACCAAGGAAGCAGGCUGACUACACCUCGACCAGUGUGCAUUACUUCUCCAUCACAGUCAGUUACUCCGAGACCCAGUUCCCAGCAUAGUAGCCAGGUGGUCAGUCGGUCCUCCUCUGUAGAAUCUCUGCCUUAUAGAGUGCCUGGCUUUGGUACUGUGGGACCAGAAGGCAGAGUCCUGCAGGGAAGGAGCACCCCCAGAGACUCUAAUAUUGAAACUCCCUCACCAGCUUCAACUCACAACCUAACUUAUAGAACUUCAUCUGCUUCCUCUGGGCUGGGGAUUUUUUGUGUCAGACCAUUUCUAAAUGGGGAGUCUGGCCACACAAGAGUCCUAACCCCCAACAGUUCUGGCCAGAGGGAAAGCAGGACUCCUCGAGAGAAUCUUCCUGGUUUCCAGCUACCAGUCCUGCAGGUUCAUCCGAGACACUGCUUCAUGGCCAGGAGCUACACUAUCCAUCACUUAGAAAUUGUGGGCUCCCCAGGAACACCACCAGUCUCAAGGUGGAGAAUACUUUAUGAUGGCAGUGCCUGACAUCUACUUGACCUCUUUUGUGUGCUUUUCUGUAAGGACAAACAAUCCACUCUUUAGAUAGGAGGAAAAUGUAGCAUAAAGUAUGGGGCUGUCCAAUCUAGUGUGAGGGUGAGGACUGACAGACACAGCUAAAAACCUACGGGUGGAUUGCCUUCAGAUUCUCAGCAUCAGCUUGAUAUUUCAGUGUAACGUGUAAUAAGGCAAAUGAAAUAUCUUGGGAUACUAUAUACAUCGUUUUCACUUACACAAAAUACAAGUUAUGGAAAACUUUCUAAAAGAGAAUGGUGGCUUUCAUCAAGGCACAGCUGUGUAGCUGGUACUUCCCUGGAAGAAUAUGGCUUUGAACUAGGAUGAAACUACAACCCAGCGGUGGCUUGUGAAAAGUAUAACUAGUAGGGCAGACCCUCUUGUAACCAAAACCACAAUUUAGACUCUACAGUGUCUCUGUGUUCUUGUGUCUUCAUUUUGAAUUAGGUAGAGAAAGGGAAUCAAUUCAGAGAAGUAAGGACUCCUAGGGCAAAGCUGGUAAUGAGUACUCUGAAUAACUACUACAUUUGCAUCCCUAUUAAGUAUGCUAGUUUUGCUUUAUUGCUAAAGUCACUAAUAAAAAAUACAGUCAGA